GUUCUGUUGGGGUCCAGCGCAGCAGCAUGCAUUCGAGCAGAUAAGCAGUCUCUUACAUCCUCACCGACUCUUUCAUACCCCGAUCCAACUCGCCCGUACGUAGUAGUGACCGACACAUCAGAUCAGGUCAUCGAAGCCGUACUUCUUCAGGACCAGGGCCGCGAGUUGCAGCCGAUCGCGUACGAGUCACGCAAGCUGAGAGGAGCAGAGCUGAACUAUCCGAUCCAUGACAAGGAAGCGCUAGCGAUCAUCCAAGCGUACAAGGUAUGGAGGUGCUACCUAGAGGGGGCAAAUAGUACCGUACGCACAGACCAUUGCUCAUUAAGGUUCCUCAAAUCCCAGCCGCAGCUGAGUCGCCACCAGGCUAGAUGGAUGGAGUUCAUGGAGGGGAGUUUCCACUACAGGAUAGAGUACAAGACAGGCGUGCGCAAUCCAGCCGAUCCACUCACUCGCCCUAGUUGCCAGAUAAGACAGUUAAGAUGCUUAGUCGCACAUACUUCUGGCCAGGGCUUGCAAGCGACGUAUGUAGAUGAUUACAUUCGCUCGUGCAAUAAUUGUCAGCGCACCAAGUCCUCUCGCCAGCGUAAAGCCGGACUCCUCCAACCGGUUCCACCACCCGACCGUCCUUGGCAGGUAGUUACGAUGGACUUCAUCACGGCCCUACUGCGGACAGUUAGAGGUCAUAAUGCCAUCUUCAUCGUAGUGGAUAAGUUUUCUAGAGCAACGCACUUCAUCCCCACGCACGGCAAGGUCACAGCAGAAGAAGUCGCGGCGCUGUUCGUAGAUAACGUAGUUUGACUGCACGGAGUUCCAGAUUCCAUC